GCGGGUGGGUCUGUCUCCGAAAGUCCCCGAUUCCAAUUUCCCGGAGUCCUAGUAGCCGCGGCGCCGGGUGGCGAGAGACCUCUGCGACCCUCUGUGGUUCGGGGGUGUGGUUGCACAGGCACGAAAGCUCUUCGGAAGUCGCAGUCAGCAGGCGGAGCUCCUCGCCGUAGUUUUCACCGAAGGUUAGCUAGGACCGACAGCCGCCGUUCAUCCCCGCAGAAGAGUCAGGGAUCGGGCUCCGGAUUCCUGGAGCGGUUCUCCCGACACCGGAGCCAAACGGGAGCAGUCCGGAAGGGCGGGAAAAGAAAGUCAUGAGAGAUAUUGUCUGAUGGAUGGAGCCUGCUGACCAAGUGCUUCAUGCUGACUUCACUGGGGGGUGACUGAACAUCUGGUGACCCGAAACUUCCUCUGCUCUUAUUGGGACUAAGGGGACGCCUCUGAGGCUGGGCAGCAAAUCUCUGAGCUCAGGAAUGAGAAGACUGAGUCCUACGCAUGCUAAGUGAUUUCCUCCAGAUGCCUCGUUUCAUAAGGAUCGGAGCCUAGGCCCGCACUCUGUCAGCCUACCACUAAUUCUAAAGGGGCGCCUGGUCAGAAUGGCUGUCGGGUGGUUCUACUUGUCCUUCUAUGCACUGUCGCUGCUGGGCCUGAUGUGCGUCAUCCUUACCAUCUACUGGAUGCAGCUGUGGCAUGGUGGCUUUGCCUGGGAUGGCACCAGCCGCCUCAUGUUCAACUAUCACCCCGUGUUCAUGGUCGCUGGCUCAGUGGUGGUCUACAGUGCUGCAUCGCUGGUGUACCGCCUGCCGCAGUCGUGGGUGGGGCCCAAGCUGCCAUGGAAGAUUGGCCACGCAGUCCUGCACCUGCUGGCCUUCAUCCUGACCGUGCUGGGGCUGGUCGUCGUCUUUCAGUUUCACAACCACGAAAACACCGUCAGCCUCUACUCCCUGCACAGCUGGCUGGGCAUCGUCACCGUCUUCCUUUUUGCCUGCCAGUGGUUCCUGGGCUUUGUCGUCUUCCUGCUGCCGUGGGUGUCCGUGUGGCUGCGCAGCCUCCUUAAACCCAUCCACGUCUUCUUUGGAGCUGUCAUCCUCUUUCUGUCCAUUGCGUCUGUCAUUUCCGGCAUUAAUGAGAAGCUCUUCUUCAGUUUGAACAACAACACCCAGCCAUACUCCAGUCUGCCCAGUGAAGCUGUCUUUGCCAACAGCACUGGGAUGCUGGUCGUGGUCUUUGGGCUACUGGUGCUCUAUAUCCUCCUGGUUUCGUCUUGGAAACGCCCAGAGCCAGGGAUCCUGAGCGAAGGACAGCCCCUGUUGCGUGAUGGGGAGUGAAGCGGGAAGGGCACCCACGAGCAGGUGGAGGUGUUUCCCCCCAGAAGCUCUUCUCUGCCAGGGCCUCCUCUCUGGUUUCGGCAACAGACCAGCUUUGCGCUCUGGGCCCGAACCUCUUCUGGCCUCCGCGUGGGGCCUGCUCUCCCCACCAAUCUCCUGCCCACCUGCUCUGCUUGGUGGCUUCUCUACCCCUUCCUGGCAUCGACUUCUCGGGUUCUCCACACACGCCGCCCCAGCUGCUCACGCUGUGUGCUCCCUGCUCCCUGUGUGAAGUCAAGCUGAUAUCCCCUCUCGGCCCCUAAGGAUCUGGUAGAGACUCUCUCCAGCUCAGAUAAGCCAGGACGCAAGUGCAACCUGUACGUGGAAAGUGAGGGAGGUUAACGGUGUCCGGCAGCUUUCCCCGGAAGGCGUGCGUUAUAUUUGGGCCGCCCUGACCGUUGGGCGGCCAGCAUCUGCCGUGCCCUCUAUCCAGCCCGCCCAGACGUGAGGCUGGAAUGGAGAAGGUGGAAGGUGAUGGAAGGUGAUGGAAGGAGAAGAAGGGCAGCAGAGGGGCUUCCGCAGAGAAGCUGAGGAGCUGACUGCUCUUUGCUGUUCUGUUUCGUGUCGCUGCAUUCCUCGUCCACCUGCACUGUGACCACGUGCCUCCACCUCUCGCUGCUGCCACAGCCCUGGCCUAGAUCCUGGCCUUUCCCUGUGACUUACGUGCCCGUCAAUGUCGGGCAGCCCGAGGAACCCUGAUGACCUACUCUCCCAAGAACCGUGUGACCCCGGCUGCCCCACAAGGGAUGAGCCCCAGGGACGCCUCGGACUUCCGUUCCUGCCCCUGCCCGGAUCAGGGCCUCCCCACCUGGCCCCGGGCAGGCUCAGCCUCGCUCUCUUGGCAGAGCCCCUGCCCAGCUGAUUUGCGCACUCUAGCUCCCCAUACAACAAGCCAAAGUUGUGGUGCAUUGUGCCCGGUGGGCGGCUUUCCAAGGUGCUCCCUGCUGAGUACCAGAGUGCCUCAUUUGCCCCCUCAGUGGCUACUUGCUUGACCAAACCCAGUCUCGUGUUAUGCCUGAGGGCUAGCC